AUUUCAGAUUCCAUCCACACUCAUAUAAGGCUUACAAGUUCUUAGGUUUCUUGAAACAUAAAGGUGUUAGAUCCUUAUAUAACCCACAUAUCUAUAAUGGCUUUGAUGACCUUAGAUAACUGCGACAACAUAUUACUAUCGUUAGACUCUUCACACAAAUCAAUAUCCUCAUCAGUUCCGGCGCCAUUUCUGACCAAAACCUACCAGCUCGUCGACGACCCGAACACCGACCACGUCGUCUCUUGGGGCAAAGACGCCACAACCUUCAUCGUCUGGCGUCCGUCGGAGUUCGCCCGCGAUCUCCUCCCUAACUACUUCAAACACAACAACUUCUCUUCCUUCGUCCGCCAACUCAACACUUAUGGUUUUAGGAAGAUUGUCCCGGAUAGAUGGGAGUUUGCCAAUGACUUUUUCAAAAGAGGAGAGAAGCACUUGCUGUGCGAGAUCCACCGGAGGCGGACGGCUCAGCCACAAUCGGCCACAACCCACCACAAUCCGAUGAAUGGUUUAGAGCCGAGUUUCUAUUACUCGGCUCAGAAGCGGCUCAGCGUCUCACCGCCAGAUUCGGAAGAGCAGUUGAGGAAGCGAAAUGUCACCAACACAACUACAUGGUGUCACUCGCCAUCUUUCGGUUCUUCAACCAUUGUUUCGGGGGCGACUAGCGGGGGAAGCUUUAAUAAGGGAGGCAGUACGGUGGCGGCGCUGGCGGAGGAUAACCUCAGGCUGAGGAGGAGCAACAGUAUGCUCAUGUCGGAGUUAGCUCACAUGAGGAAGCUUUAUAAUGACAUUAUUUACUUUGUCCAGAACCAUGUCAAACCGGUCUGCGCCAGUAACUCGGCAACUCAGACGCCGACGAGUCAACUCGUCACGUAUACCAAAUCUAAUGACGCCGCCGCUACUCUGGAACUCAGCUCUCCGGCCAAGACAUCCCAGAGCAGCGUGACGAUUCUUGAAGAAUCGGUGGCGGCGGAGACUGAUUCCGAUCUGUGUGGGACCAGGCUUUUUGGGGUCCCACUUCAAUCAAAGAGAAGGCCCCGUCCGGAUCAAUGCUCUCCAACGAAUUCAUCAUUCACGGCGGCGGAGGCGGCGGUUCAGAAUGAUGACUUAGCAUUGCAUCUUAUGCCGCCUUCGUGCUAGUUCGUUAAUUUACGGUUUUUAGUUAAAAGUUUACUAAUUUGAUUAGAGUUUUAGAAGCUUUCUUGUUAGUAGAGCUGAAUGUGAUUUCCGGACACAAAAAGCGGCAAAAAAACUCCCACCUCUAAUUCUUUUCGGAAUCUUUAGGGUUCCUAAGAAUUCCUCAUAUCAUUUAAAAUUGACUUUUCAAAUGAAUGAUAUUAAAUUUUGA